AUGCCUUGUGGGCUUCUUAAACAGGUGAACACAUAUGAUUGGGCAGUCCCUGUCGAGUUAAAGGAACAGGAAAAGAAAGAAAAACAUGUGGAACCAGCAAAAUCAUCAAAGAAGGAACAUUCAGCCCCAAGUGAAAAGCAAAUAAAAGCAAAAAGUGAACGAGCCAAAGAAGAGGCUGGUGCUGCCUCAACUAAAAAAGCUGUACCUGGAAAGAAGGAAGAGAAAACAACCAAGACAGUGGAGCAAGAAAUUAGAAAAGAAAAAUCUGGGAAGACUUCCUCAGUUUUGAAGGAUAAAGAGCCUAUUAAGGGGAAAGAAGUGAAGCUUCCAGCUUCCCUAAAGGAAAAAGGCAAAGAAGUCAAGCCUAAGCCUCCACAACCACAAGUAAAAAAAGAAGAAAAACCAGGACACAGACAUAUUCGAUUAAGGAUCGGCCCUACUCCCACAGAACUGUAUCUUCACUAA